GCUGCCUCCGCUUUCUCUAAGCAUAUUCCUUUAAGAUGAUGUAAUAGUCAUUUCCCUGGAUGGUUUCUUGCCUGCACUGCUGAAACAACAGCAUCCGAACUGCACUGGGAACUGUGGAACCACCCAGCUCCGUCGCUGGAGAAGCCAGAGCCGCGAGCCCCCCGCCGGCCUCUCGGCGCUGCUGCGGCCUCAGGCUGGGCUCCCACCGGUGCGAACAUGGGAGUCCCUUUGCCCUUGCCGGCAGGUGGGCUGGCUACCUGGGACCCCAGCCCGGCACAUCUGUCUGUCUUUCUGCUGCUGGGCUUUCUGAAAAGCUUCUAAGUCCCGGUACCUCUUGCAACUCUCCUGUUUUAAGGAUCCUUUUUGAAGGUUUGUUUUUUUUCUGGAGAAGCUUUGGUUGAAUAUUUUUACUGUUUUACUUCUUCAACCCAACCUCUUAUCAUCAUCGUUUAACUUUUUUGUGACUUGUUUUAACUUGAGAUCGAGAGUGAAUACAUACACAUACCUGCAUAUAUACAAAUACACAUAUAUACUUACAUACAUACAUAUAUAAAUACAUAUAUAAAUACAUAUAUAAAUAUAUAAUAUACAAUUAUUCUUUCCCAAGAGCACAUCUCUCUGGCACUUUUCAUUGAUACCUCUGUCCUUUACCUGUUCGGAAUUUGACAAGAUCCAGACUCAGUGUGGCUGUGGAUUCUGAUUGCUUUCAAAUGAUUAUUUCUUCACAAGAACUGGGUCUCCAGCAUUCACCAAGAUCUCUGAGUACCUGGAUCUCUGAGUACCUGGGAACUUGGCCUGCCUUGGCUACUAAGCUUGAUGGAAGAUCUGAUGUAGAUGAGUUGAUUGUAUUCCAUGAAGUGAUAGCUCAACAUCAGCCAGGUUCAAAGUACUUUUUCAGCAUCACUUCACCUGUGGACUCUUCUAAAUUUUGCUUUACUGGGGGGAAAAAACCUGGGGUAAGAGGAGAUCAUUUUUAACAAAUUAGCAUCCUUUCCCCUUCCUUACAAGUGAAUGCAAAGGAUAAGGCUGUGACUCCAUUGGACUGCACCUUUAAGUUAAAAUUGCAGAAGAAGAAAGGGACAAUGGCUCUGAGUGGAAACUGUAGUCGUUAUUAUCCUCGAGAACAAGGGGCUGCAGUUCCCAACUCCUUCCCUGAAGUCAUAGAGCUGAAUGUCGGGGGUCAAGUUUACUUCACUCGCCAUUCCACAUUAAUAAGCAUCCCUCAUUCCCUCCUGUGGAAAAUGUUUUCCCCAAAGAGAGACACAGCUAACGAUCUAGCCAAGGACUCCAAGGGAAGGUUUUUCAUUGAUAGAGAUGGAUUCUUGUUCCGUUAUAUUCUGGACUAUCUCAGGGACAGGCAGGUGGUCCUGCCUGAUCACUUUCCAGAACGGGGAAGACUGAAAAGGGAGGCUGAGUACUUCCAGCUUCCAGACUUGGUCAAACUCCUGACCCCAGAGGAAAUCAAGCAAAGCCCGGAUGAAUUCUGCCACAGUGACUUUGAAGAUGCCUCCCAGGGAAGUGACACAAGAAUCUGCCCCCCUUCCUCCAUGCUCCCUGCUGAUCGCAAGUGGGGCUUCAUUACUGUGGGUUACAGGGGAUCCUGCACCUUGGGCAGAGAGGGGCAGGCAGAUGCCAAGUUUCGGAGAGUUCCCCGGAUUUUGGUGUGUGGAAGGAUUUCCUUGGCAAAGGAAGUCUUUGGAGAAACUUUGAAUGAAAGCAGAGACCCUGACCGAGCCCCAGAAAGAUACACCUCCAGAUUUUAUCUCAAAUUCAAGCAUCUGGAAAGGGCUUUUGAUAUGUUGUCAGAGUGUGGAUUCCACAUGGUGGCCUGUAACUCAUCGGUGACAGCAUCUUUCGUCAACCAAUAUACAGAUGACAAGAUCUGGUCAAGCUACACUGAAUACGUCUUCUACCGUGAGCCUUCCCGGUGGUCCUCGCAUUGUGAUUGCUGCUGUAAGAAUGGCAAGGGUGACAAAGAAGGGGAGAGCGGCACGUCCUGCAAUGACCUCUCCACCUCCAGCUGUGACAGCCAGUCUGAGGCCAGCUCUCCCCAGGAGACGGUCAUCUGUGGGCCUGUGACACGCCAGACCAACAUCCAGACUCUGGACCGUCCCAUCAAGAAGGGCCCAGUCCAGCUGAUCCAACAGUCAGAGAUGCGACGGAAAAGUGAUCUGCUCCGGACUCUGACUUCGGGCUCUAGGGAGUCGAACAUGAGCAGCAAAAAAAAAGCUGUUAAGGAAAAGCUCUCCAUUGAGGAGGAGCUAGAGAAAUGCAUCCAGGAUUUCCUAAAGAUCAAAAUUCCAGAUCGGUUCCCUGAGAGAAAGCACCCUUGGCAGUCUGAACUUUUACGGAAGUAUCAUCUAUAGGGGAGGGCAGGGGGGUGGGAGAAGAAAAGAACAGAAAAUGAGUCACCAUUUUAAAAUAAACCUCCUAAAAAAGCAUAUUUUAAAGGAAAAGAACAAGUAAUGAUACACAUUUGUUAGAACACGAUAGUCCAUUAAUAAACUACUGCCUACUUUACCUAGUUCACCUUAACGUGUAAAUCCACAGGGUAGAUUUCUUUCCAGAUGUGGAAACACAUGAAAACUCUUGUUGUUGUUCAUUUGUUUGUUUGUUAACUUGGUCCCGUGUGCUGGGUAUCUUACACAUGAUGAGAACCAGCUACAGCAGAGGGGCUGACAGGCUUUGGGAGUCAUCUAUCCCAAACUGGGUUUUUUCCUCUCAUCUUCUACCUCCCUCCUUUGAUCAAGGAUACAUGGUAGAGUGAGAUCUGGCCCAAUGGCAUAGGUUUGGAUUUUUAAAAUUUUCCUUUUCCUUUGUUUAAGGGGUUAGGGGGGAAUGGCAGAUUUAUAUGACUUUUCACUUAAAUCUCUAUGUGCCAGUUUAUAUUGACUCCGUAUGCAUGAGUAUUUGUGCCACACAAGCACAACUAAGUCUGUAUAUAGACACAAUGCACAUGACCCAGGGCCUGGGCAUCCUAAGGGCUGUGCCCUGCUGCCAGCAGUCCCUCCUAAAGCACUUCACACGGAUGCGCCUCUGCCUCUUUCUUAAAACCCUCCUGGGCAGAUUUCCCAGCAACUCUUGGCAACACUUUCAAACAUCGAAUAACCUUCAUCAUCAACAAAUUGUCUUCCUUAUUUUGAAAUUAAUACCUUCAGGCUCCACUUUCCUGUUUUGUUCUUUCUCCAUAUUUGGAAAAGGUGAGAAGAGCUAGUACAACCUUCUUUUUGUAUUAGAAAAAAAAAAAAGAAACACUCAUAGCCACAGGGGGGAAAAAAACUACUAAAUGAUCCCACACUCAGCCUUCUCUACCCUGAGUUGGAUUAUCACCCUCCUCUCAAUACCAACACUUUCAUGCUGUGGUCUUUCCACAUAAUUCACCCAAAGUUCUCUGUACUCCUGUACAGCUGUGGAGCUAAGAAAAACAGACAGAAUUUGAGUAAGGGCCCAGCCUUUCAUUUGUUUGUUUUAGAAUUGCAUUCCACACAUUCUCCCAAUAAUUUCUCAUAAGGAUUUUAAAGGACAGUGCUACAUUGUUAUUGCUUAGGGCUAGUUUUGGUUGCCUUUGUGUUUCUGGGAUUGGCUGUGUCCAUACUCGGAUUUAGUUGUCAUUUCUAUUAAUCAUAACCCAAGUAGGCAAUUGGGGAUCUGAAACUAAGAUGUUGGCUUUCUAAGCUAUCUUUAUAAAUCACAUCCUUUACCUGUACAGACACAGCCAAAAAGAAACUUAAUAGCCACCCAUUCAUGUGACUCUGUAUUCCAUUAAUGUACCAAUAGCUCCUUUGUAGACUUGUGCUUAAUGAAGGUUAACAGACCAGUUUUAAUUUUCAGCAUUUCUUAUGCAUUUCAGUAGUAACUGAAAAAUAAUUUAUUGAUUAUUAAUUGUGUGCCAAGCACUUCUAAUUUUUUCAUUGUGUGUGUGUGUGUGUGUGUGUGUGUGUGUGUAAUCAUAGGUAAUAAAGGCAACUGGAUGUCUCUAGGAGGGAAAAGCUAUGAUCAAUUUCUUCUCUUGGAAAUCUUUCACUGAUGUGCAUUUACUAUGUAAGAGGUUCUGUAUUGAUUUCUGUUAGUGCCCAUUAGUAUCUGGAUAUCUUUCUGAAUUUUUGUAACUCUUGCCUUCACACCCGGGCAAUAGACUUAGCCAAUGUUUUCUUGUUCUAAUGGUUCAAAUGGAGUUUAAGUUUUACUUAAGUGAAAAAGAAAGUUUAUUUUGGAAGUUGAGAUGUCAAGAGAACCAUAAUUUAUGAAUUCAAAUGGUGUUCUUUUAUGUGUUAAUAUAUUAGCAUAUAUUUGAUCUUAACUACAACAUAGCUUUGUUUGUAAAACCUACCAAUAUGUCUUCAUUCUUUUCAAUGUUUAUUGAUGGUGCAUCAAAAUACCAUCAUUCUAAUAAGAGAACGUAUUGCAAAGAAUUACAGAGAUCAAUGGGUCAAGAAGAAGUUGCAUUUAAUGUCCAUGUCAGUCAAAUGAUUGUUGGGGUCACUCUGGAAGGGCUGUCAAAAAAAUUGGGGGCCUAAGUAAAUUGGCCAAAAUCCUGACUUCCUUAAAUGUCAGACCUAACUGUAACGACAUCAAGAUAGAGAGAUGCCCUGAUAAGAAUUGAAGAACUGGCCUGGCAGUCAACCCACUGCUUCAACAGUAUACUUCAAAUAGAAAAUUAAAUGCUGAAAAAAGAAAGAAAGAUUAAAAAAAAAAAGGAAUUCAUAGCACUAUUCCUCUACUCCCUGAACUGUUGUGAUUUCUUUUUCUGUGCAGGCAUUCUUUAUACCUCCAAUGAGUAAAACUACUAGCAGGAAAUCUGUUAAAAACAAUGACACAACAUUUUUAUUCUGGGUUGGUUCUAAAUUGGCACCCAUUCCACAGUUUAAAAAAAAAAAGUCUUAAAUAUUUAAGACAACAACAUGGUGUUCAUUUGUGUGGGUCUUGGUAUAGAGAUGAAUGUAGACUGGGUUAGUAAAAGGGUGUAAGGAAACAUGAAAGUCUUCAGUCCUACUGUGAGUGUAGUUAUCACCACACAGGGUCCAGGUGGCAUGUAGUACUGGAAAUAAGUUUGGGGUAAGUGAAUGACAAAAUUAAAUGCUCUAAAAGUCCUGGAAGUCAGGUCUCUUUCACUGAAGUUAAAAUAGUUUUCGGAACUUUUAGUUCAAUUUUGGACAGAACAACAUAUGUGGUUGACUAUUGAAGAUUGGUUAGAUAAGGGCCAUAAAGUAUUGAUAUGACAAAACUAAUGGUAACUGAUGGGUCAAUGAGUAGGAGAUCAUAUGUGUAGACUCCCAACUUAGGCUGUGUCCUGAAAAAUCUGGCAAUGCUAAAUUCAAUGAGGUGGGAGAGGUCAUUCCCUAAAGGCACGUGGGUGUCCCCAAGUCAGAAACACUUACAAAGUUCUCUACCCUCUAUCUAAAAGGAGUGCUCUACAUUCAGAAGGAAAAGAGGAAGACAGGAAAUAAAAACAGACUCAUUGAAGCAGUGUGCUCUUUCUCCUCUUCCUCAAAAAAAAAAAAAAAAAAAAAAUCACACUGAGAUGUGGUCAUGGAAACAACCAAGUAAGGUGGCUCCCAAAGUAUGCAGUGGUGUUUUCCUUUGUAAUUUUGUAAUUACAGUCACAGAUACCUUCGAGGAAAUGCACGCAUGGUGAUUUAAAAUAAAAGGGCAGGGGGAGCACAAUCCACAAGCAUUCCCUUUGUUCUUUAUCCCUCCAUAGUGAAAUCUGUUCCAGUGGAUUCAUUUGGGGGACAUACAUUGAUUAAAGGGGUCGGCCAUAGAAUUUUUCACUUUUCUAUUGGGCUUGUUUGAUUUUGAGGCAGGUUUAUCCAUACUCGGAGGUGUGUAGCUCAUUCUGGAUUUUUCUUAUUUACCACUGCUCAUGCUUCUGGAUUACUUUUGCUUCUCUGGGCUUUAUAUGCCACUCUGAGUAUCCUUUGUAUAUGCCAAGUAAAACAUGCUCUAUUGAGAAAAAGGAAAGGCAUAUGUGGUGUUUCACAAAAUUGUUUGACACCAGUUUUCACAGUGGAAGUCAGACAUUGAUUCUCAGCUGUCUUCCUUGGCUACCAUUUUAUUCUUCCAAUUUCUUAUCCACUAGCGUGGAUUAACCCAAAGCAUUUGAGUGCUGUUUUUUUGUUUGUUUGUUUGUUUGUUUGUUUGUUUUUGCCACUAGAUACAAUGCUGUGGAGUUUGACUAACUUUGGCUUUCUAGAUGAUCUUUGCUAGAAUUAAUAAGACGUUUUCCAUGAACUUUCAGGAAGAAUUCUUUGUCAACUCCACUUGACAUAGCAAUUUUCUAAGGAAAAGUGAAGGGAGUUAUUUUUUUCCCCUGGUGCCUCUGUGGCAGAUUAAUGUUUUGCCAAUUUGCAUGCUGGCUUAUAGGUUUAGCAUGGGCCAUUUCUUUCCUUAAUGUCUUGGUAUUGUUGGUGUCUUGUAAUCUUGAUGGCCCACUGUUCCAAUUUAUUUAUUUUCUUUUACAUUGUCAAAAUAACACACUAGAGAAAGAUUUAGACUGAGCAUUCUGUAUUUGAAGUUACAAUGGAGUUAGUUGUCAUUUGUACAGGACUGUACAAUGAUUAAUAUCUUUAGAGAAAUUAGACCAAAUGAAACCUGCUGGAAUGGGUUUGAUUUAUAUUGCCUUCAUCAUUCUGGUUCUAGAUGAAAUGGUUAUUGCUCUCCACCCCUGCUGAAAGAAAAAGAGUCUCAAACUUUAAUAAUCAUAGCCUUGUGAUACAACCACAGAGCUUAUUUGUUUGAAAUGCCUGUUUUUCUCUUCUUGCUGUAUACAUUGGAGUGGAGAUUCUUUACCCGGUGACCUCCAUAGCAAACAAUUUAGCAGCAAUUCUCAAUAUAUAGUAUGCACAAAAAAUCAUUUGUAGCACUUUUUCCAGAUUUCCUUCACCCUAAAUCCAAAGAGCAGAGCCAAGGAAUCAGCAUUUCAGCUUGUAUUCUUCAUGAUUUGGGUGAGAUUGGUCUAUGGACCUUACAUUGAGAAACUAUUGUUUAGUGUUAGAUCAACAUUUCUCUCACCUCCUAGUGGCAUGUCUUCUCAUUUUCUUCCCACUACAAAUAAGUCAAAGCAUAUAUUUUCAUCACCUUAAGAAAAAGGGCCUAAAUAAAAAUAUCUAGGGCUAAUGCACAGUCGAUUUCCAUGAUUCCUUUGCCAUUUUAUCUGCCUUUCAAAUAUAAUCCCUUCCUUAGAAGGUUUGGUGUGUGCCUUUUUUCCCCAAACCACAAGCUUGUAUCACUUAAGUUUUAUCCCUGGGUAGAAGGGAACAUGUCUCUGAGUGAGAUGUAUCCUUAUGACACCCAAUAAGGAAUAAGAAUAUUGACCUUUCUCAAGGAGAACUAUUCGUUUCCUUGCUCAGUGGAAGUCAGAGAACUGAGAGUGUUCUAUAAUUUAAUGAUGUGUAUGGCCCCAAAGGUGGUUCUAUUGAUGGUAUGUACAAAUAUCAUCAUAGUGAAUAUGGAAGUGGUGAAUGAAUUCAGCUGCUUCACAUCAAUAAAGUCCUGAGCCAUUGAACUACUUAGUUUGCCCAAUUUAAUUCAAGCAGGACUAUGAAGCUCUCAGAUAAUGACAUUCCUGACCUCUAACACCAACUAAAAUCUCAAAGCAAAAGCUCAUGUAUGAGAAUAAAUGCAAAAGAAAGAAAUAAGGAGUGAAUUUUAAAAUGGUAACAGUGCACAUGUAAUGAUAUAAAGGGAAAUGAAGUCCUGCAAUUUUCUAGUCUCUCUGACCAGUGGAGAUGCCAAUACAAUGAUUAUUUAGCAAAAAAAAAAAAAAAAAAAUCUGGAAGGUUACAAUUAUAGACCCAGUUAGCCCUAUCCAUAUAAUAAAAUAACUGAAUAGAUGCUAAAUUCCCAUUUUAUAAGAAAUAGAGAAUGAAUGAGUUAAAGAGGGAAAGAAUGGCUAAUCAUGAUUGUCUGUGAAUAUUUAAGCAAAGAUUACUGCCAAAGGAAAUAGUUAAUUGAUGAAUAGUUAAUGGAAUUGAUGAACUUGAGCAGCUAAUUAAGAUUUGGUCAAUAUAAAAACAAAAUGGUUCAAUAUGAUUCAGUUUGUUUCCUGCUUUCCUACACUUCCUUCUACCCCAACUUUCUAAGCUUUAAAAAAAUUUUCUCUUGUUUGUGAACAAAUUGUAUUGUUAGUUGGGCAAUGAAUUUUAUGGCCCAGACUGUCAUCUUUGCAUUAUUUAGGGAAGCUACUUUUAAAAGGAUAAACAAAAUCAUGCCCUUGCCCAGCAAUUAUCAAGGGGUUUGUCUUGGGAGAAGGGUGGGGAAUACUUUUCCUGUUAAUCAGCUUUAUAAAAGCACUUAUGAGCCAACUAAAGAUUUAGUAAGUCUCUCCCAGUGAUCUGCUCUGUCUUAUCAGUUUAUUCUUAAUGAUUUUGGUGAGAUUGGUCUAUGGACCUUACAUUGAGAAACUAUUGUUUAGUGUUAGAUCAACAUUUCUCUCACCUCCUAGUGGCAUGUCUUCUCAUUUUCUUCCCACUACAAAUAAGUCAAAGCAUGUAUUUUCAUCACUUUAAGAAAAAGGGCCUAAAGAAAAACAUCUAGGGCUAAUGCACAGUAGAUUUCCAUGAUUCCUUUGCCAUUUUAUCUGCCUUUCAAAUAUAAUCCCUUUAUCUGCAUUUGCACAAUAAAAAUCAACAUAACUUCAGAUUCUCUUCUUGUAGAUGCUGGUUCUAUCCAUCACAAAUGGAAGAAAAUUGAUGUAGCAUGAAGUAGUGCAGAGUUGUUUCAAAGCUGCAUUUCUGUUGUGACUAUAUAUGUUUGUGCAUAAGGCCAUGUGCAAUUUUUAGGUUAGUGUUGGGUCAGUGGUUAAUGUCCAUGUGUGUGUUAUCUGAGUGCUUGGAAAAAAGUGUUUGGUUACAAAGUUUAAUAGCUUUUUAGUUGUGAAAAAUAGUUGACUUUUACUGUGGGUAUCAGUCCUUGAGAAUGUUGAGUAAAGCUGUUCUCCUGAUAUGAAAUCCAAACAUGACAGAUUUCUGGGGCAAAAUUAAAGUCCUUUCAAUCUAUAUGGUCAAGAGUGGCAUCUCUCUCUCUCUCUCUCUCUCUCUCUCUCUCUCUCUCUCUCUCUCUCACACACACACACACACACACACACACACACA